AUGUGGAGCUUCAACCUGGAGGGACGCGUUAUCACGCUGGGCGGGCGAAAGCUCCGCAUUCAGGAACAGUUGACCGAGGUCCUCGACCUCGAACUGGGCGAGCGCAGCCUCCUCCUCAAGGCCCGAAACCUCGAAAGCCAGGCCCUUUCUUUGAUCCGGAUGCGCUACCAGCUAGACCCGCGUGGGUUCGAGAUGGACACCGAGGAGGCGAAGCGGGAGGUCCGGGAGAUUGCGGAGAACGAGUUUCUCCACGAGUGCGACGUUAUCAAGCUGCUGGGCGACGCGGGGCUGGGACCGAGGUACGCCGACCACUUCAUGUGCUGGCAACCGAGCUGGAUGCCCUUUCCCGGUGGAUAUGGCCACUUCCUGGUGAUGGCGGUGCCCCCGGGCGAGAACCUCGACGAGAUCAACGACGAGCUCACCGAUCGUCAACUGGACGGCAUCCUGACGCAACUAGCGCGCAUUCUCGAGUUACUGCGCAAGAACGGCCACAGGCUGAUCGAUCAACACCCGAGCUAUCUAAACUACGACGUCGGCACCAAAAAGCUCUACCUGGUCGAUCUCACCCACCUUCGCGGAACCGACCCGGCUAGCAAAACCUCGUUCCCGAUCGACGAGGAGAGCCCGUACGUGGAAACGUUCAAUAUCUGGCGAGCACCAUAUCGGAAGCCGCAAGAGCGCCCGAAGGAAGCAAGCAAGGCGCCGCCACGAUCGGGAGACAAGUCGGCCGGAAAGAAAUCGUCCGAUCAGCCCACCAAGAAGGAAAAUCGGCCCCCAUGGAGACCUUGAAAUUUCAGACGGAAUCUGCGAACACUA